AUGCUUUGGAACUGGAACGUCAUGGACACUUGCUUUAUUUCUGAGAGCUGGCAAAUCACCUCCAAGGGCAUGUUUGCGGGUUCCUGCAUCGGCGUCAUCCUCCUUGUCAUUGCCCUGGAGUGUCUCCGCCGCCUGUCCAAGGAAUACGACCGCUUCCUGAUCAAGCAGCACGCCGCCAAGUAUCGAGACAAUUCUGCUGCCACCGCCGUCUCAGUCACGCCAGCAAACACAGCCGUCGAGGCGGGCGGCGAGUCGGUCAAGGCGCAGGAGGCAGCCUGUCCUGCCGGGAUUGCCAUGCCUCCCUUCCGCCCAAACGUGCUCCAGCAGGCCAUCCGUGCGUUGCUACACAUGGUUCAGUUUGCGGUUGCAUACUUUGUCAUGUUGCUAGCCAUGUACUACAACGGGUAUUUCAUCAUCUGCAUCUUCAUCGGUGCCUAUAUUGGCGCCUUUGUUUUCCACUGGGAGACGUUGUCUGUUGGCUCGGAUAAUACGAGUGCAACAAACUCUACUACAGUCUGCUGCGGCUAG